AUGAGCUUAUCUUGCAAAGGGGGAGGAUCUGUCGCACUGCAUACUCACGCACACCGCCUCCCAGCGCACACACGUCGUCUGUCUCCGCUCGGCAAAACACGAGAACCGGACUUCAUUCCCUUCGACGCUGGUGGUGCGAAAAAAGAGAUAAUGGCUCGUCGAUCUCCAUGGCCCAAGCUUUUGGCCUUCGCGCUUCUAGCAGUUUCUGGGGCAAGCGGUAACGAUGAUGUCGGCGAGAGCGGUACCCCGGGCGUUUGCACCUUUGUCGACACGAUCGCCGGCGUCGAAAAGGAGGAGAUGCAGGACCGUUCCUCUGUCCGGACGAAGGAUGGCGUUCCGAUCGCUUUUGAGAACAUGGAGUACUAUGUGCGCAUGCUGACAGUAUUCGGGAACGCUCAGACUGAUUUCUACUUCUCCCCACCAUCGGCCGUCAUCGAUGGCACCGCUUCGAGCCUCACCAUCGAGGUGUCCGCGCUCGUGCCGACGGAGGGCUCCGGCGGCGUCUGGACCGUCGGCAUUGGCACCAGCGGCGGCGGCGACGGGAACGAUACCCUGUACACGGUCGGCGACUUGGCGGCCGCCGGGAACACCGACUGGACGACCAUCUACCUCACGGUUCCCCUCACCGCCGACGAAGCAACGGGCUCCCUCGCCAGCUACAUGGACGACAACAACGAGAUGCUCAUCACGUUGUCCUGCUCGCAGCCCGGCAGCACGCAGGUGAUCUUCAUCGACUACAUGUCAAUCACCGCUGCUGCCGGAGGCUCCUUUGCGGCGAUGACGCCCGUGAGCUCGUCGACGGGAAGGUGCACGUACGUCGACACUGUUGCUGGUCUGGAGAAAGAGAUGUUUCAGGACCGGGUCUCCGUCCAGGCCGGUGACGACGUUCCGGUAUCGUUUGAGAACAUGGCGAGCUACGUGCGCAUGCUGACCCUUUUCGGGAACGCUCAGACCGACUUCUACUUCUCCCCGCCGUCGUCCGUCGCCGAUGGCACCGCCAAGAGCAUUGUCGUCGGGGCGUCGGCGCUCGUGCCCACGGAGGGCUCCGGCGGCGUCUGGAGCGUCGGCGUGAGCAGCAUCGACGCCGACGGGAACAGCACCCUGCACACCGUCGGCGACUUCGCGGCCGCCGGCAGCGAAGACUGGACGCCGGUGACCCUGACGAUGCCCGUCACCGCCGACGUCGCCGACUACGUGGACGACAACAACGAGAUGCUCCUCACCGUGUCCUGCUCCGAACCCGGCACCACGCAGGCUCUUUUCAUUGACUUCAUGGAGGUUACCGCGUUCGAUGGAGACGACCUCGGGGAGUACAGCUACUCUUUCGACUACUCCGCCAUGGCCGUGGAGGGUCAUUAUGAGCAGCAGGCUGAAGAGACUGACGAGGAGGAUGAAGUGGACGUCCAGGCGGACGCCGCUUCGGCACCCAGCGUCAUUGUCUCUGGCAGCUUCUUCCCUGCCGCCGCUGCCACGGUGCUCGCCGUGAGUCUGGCGGGGCCGUUGUUCGCCGGCCUUUGACUCGACCAACACCCCCGCGAUCGAGGAGCUUGGGCGACUGGAAAGCCUGGCUCUAGCGUGUGCGUACAUGACGACACGAUAUGAGCACAUGGUGUACAGUAGUGCUGUAGUGCCGCCGGCUUUGCUCCAUCAGUACAUGUACCCGUGCUAUUUUUGCGCGCCGCCAAUAUCGGUAUUUAAACUUACUUAGGAAUCUUGCCAUUGUAGAUAAGGCACGCCCUUGUGGCGUUGCUAGGAUUACUGCAAAGGUCCAAACGGGUCGUUGUCGGUACAUGGGAUACUUCCCCUUGGGCUCGUAAACUAGACUAUACUUAUUUCUAUGAUUUUGCUUCGUUUAUUCCCGGCGGUCCUCUGCGCAAUUAAGCUAGCCAUUCCUCCUUCAAAGCUUGCGUUGUUAUAUGCACGUAAAACGGAGAGAGAAAAACAGAAAACCGCGCUUGGCUUAAGGCAGUCGUGUUUAUCAAGUAAUAAGUGGUUCCAUAUGCUUGUCAGCGGUAGCGGGUUCGUGGACAUUGACAGACAUGUUCAUCGCGACAUGUUGGCGUCGUCGCUCGCAGAGGUGGGUUGGGCUGGUCGUGUU